AUGAGCAAUGAUGAGACUAAAAAGUAUUUUUUUCAUUUUUUAGUCAAUUCCUCGAGACGUUAUUCUUUUAAAUCGGCCCUUAAAUUUGUUAGACAUACUUAUAGAGAAAGUGGAUUCUUUGCUCUUUAUCGUGGAAAUUCUGCUUCUUUGGCAAGAGUAGUACCUUAUGCAGCUAUACAAUUUGCGGCUCAUGAAGAAUACAAAAAAUUAUUGAAUGUUGAUAUUGAAGGUUCAACACCCUAUCGACGAUUUUUGGCUGGAACACUUGCAGGCGUUACUGCUGUUAUUUUUACAUAUCCACUAGAUACUGCCAAAGCUCGUCUUUCUGUCUCAACAAAACAAGAAUACGAAAAUUUAAGGGCUGUUUUUAUCAAGGAAUGUAAAACACACGGAUUUUUAACUUUCUAUAGAGGCCUUUACCCAACUCUUUUGGGUGUCGUGCCUUAUGCGGGUCUUUCAUUUUUUACUUAUGAAACGCUCAAACUUAUUUACAAAAAAGAAUUCGGUGAUAAACCAAUGCAUCCAUUAUUGCGUAUGAGUUGUGGUGCUGUUGCGGGUACAAUAGGACAAUUUUCUUCUUAUCCACUCGAUAUAAUAAGGAGAAGAAUGCAAACAGGAAAAAUUGGUCCAAACAAAAAUGUAAUUCGUGUACUUGUUGAAAUUUGGAUUUUUGAAGGAUUGUUUAGAGGACUUUACAAAGGAAUUAGCAUGAAUUGGGUAUUGUUAAAAAUAGAAAAUAAAAUGUGGAUAUAUUGCAAGGGCUUAUCCAGAGGAUCGGGGUCUAGCUAG